GCUGUUGCAACACCCAUCAGCCUCUUUCCCUUUCCCUCCCACCUCUUUCUCGUAGUCCGGGCUCAGGCUCGGGUUCUGGCCUUCGGGGUUUGAGGCCCCUGGGACUGGAUCCUGAUCUUCAUCCCAAGCUCAACCCUCACUCCCCCACCUAAGGCCAGGGCUCCUCUUGGGAUCUCCUGACCGGCUCAUCCCGGGACUCCGGGACUCGGUGGAUGCCACUUCGCCUGCCGCCACCACUGCUGCCUCUGCUGCCUGGGCCCUGAUGGGGGAGUAAGAGGCCACAGCUGGCCGGACAUGGGCCUCCCCACCGUGCCUGGCCCACUGCUGCCACUGGUGCUCCUGGCUCUGUUGGUGGAAAUAUACCCCUCAGGGGUUAUUGGUCUGGUCCCUCACUCCAGGAACCGGGAGAAGAGAGAGAGCCAGUGUCCCCACGGAAAAUACGUCCACUCUCUUAAUAGCUCCAUCUGCUGUACAAAGUGCCAUAAAGGGACCUACCGGUACAAUGACUGUCCAGCCCCAGGGCGGGACACAGAAUGCAAGAAGUGUGAAAACGGCACCUAUACUGCUUCGGAGAACUACCUCAGUCAAUGCAUCAGCUGCUCCAUAUGCCGGAAAGAAAUGGACCAGGUGGAGAUUUCUCCUUGCACAGUGGAUCAGAACACCGUGUGUGGCUGCAAGAAGAACCAGUACCAGGAGUCUUUGAGUGACACUCUUUUCCGGUGCCGGAACUGCAGCCCCUGCCUCAAUGGCACGGUGCAAAUCUCCUGCAGUGCGAAGCAGAACACCGUGUGCACCUGCCACACAGGGUUCUUCCUAAAAGACAACAAGUGCGUCCCCUGUGAUAAUUGUGAGAAAAACACGGAGUGCACAAAGUUGUGCCCAUCCACAGGUGAAGUUAUUGGGGGCUCUCCGGACUCAGUGCUGUUGUCCCUGGUGAUCUUCUUUGGUUUCUGCCUUUUAUGCCUCCUCUUCAUGGGCUUAACAUGCCACUUCCAACGGUGGAAGCCCAAGCUCCAGUCCAUUGUUUGUGGGAAAUCGACACCUGUAAAGGAGGGGGUGCCGGAGCUCCUGGCCACCGCCCCUGGCUUCAGCCCCACCACAGGCUUCAGUCCCAUCCCCAGCUCCAUGCCAAGUUCCACCUUUACCCCUGGUGACUGGCACGACUUCAGAGCUGCACCACCGCCCAGAGAGAUGGCCCCAUCCCACCAGCAGGCCGGCCCUCUCCUCACGGCGGCUCCAGCCUCCGCCCCCACGGCCACGCUUCUUCAGAAGUGGGAAGGCAGCACCUACACGCAGCGCCCAGAGGCGGACCCAGCCAUGCUGUACGCCCUGGUGGACUGCGUGCCCGUGUUGCGCUGGAAGGAGUUCAUGCGGCGCCUGGGGCUGAGCGAGAACGAGAUCGAGCGGCUGGAGCUGCAGAACGGCCGCUGCCUGCGGGAGGCGCAGUACAGCAUGCUGGCGGCCUGGCGGCAGCGCACGCCCCGGCGCGAGGCCACGCUGGAGGUGCUGAGGCUCGUGCUCCGCGACAUGGACCUGGGGGGCUGCCUGGAGGAAAUCGAGGCGGCUCUGUGCGGCCCCGCCUCCCUCUCCCUGCAGCCGCACCUUCCCCGAUGAGGCCAUGCCCUCGGAAGGGGCCUGCCCCGAGGACCCGAAGACUUCCUGCCGGGGGACCUCUGAAGGACUUCGCAAGAUGCCCUCUGGACCUCUUUUUUUUUCUGCAGAGGAAGGGUCUUGGAGGGGCAGGCAUGAGCUGGCAGCCACUUACUUGGUGCUACUCCCUCAGUGUUCAGAGCUCUCUCAGCUGAGCACUGCCGGAGGGUCAGCUGUGCGUGUGCGUGUGCGUGUGCGUGUAUGUGUGUGUGUGAGAGAGAGGGAGAGAAUGGAGAUGGAUAGAUGCGUUGUGUGCGGUUGUGAGAGUCUGAGUGUGCCCCGAGCCCAAGCGGGUGGUUGGGACGGCAGGCGCCAUGCCUCAUUCCUGUUUUGCCUGGAGGACCCAUCAAGGCCCUUUAGCAGCCCUGGUUGGUCCCUGGGCCUUUUCCACAGCCCAUAAGCAAUCCGUAUCAACUAUGUCAUGCUAAUCGAAACCUGGCACCCCUCCAGUCCCUGCCUGGACAAGCACAGAGUAAGCUGGACUCUCCCCGGCAGGGACAGGCACACACCCUGGAGCCUCCCGCUGGAGCUUGGACUUCUGUAAAUACACUAAAACUGGAGAAUUAAAGCUCUGCUCCUGGA